UCCUGUGUCUCUCUCUUCACUCGACUCAUCGUGUCUGAUGAAUCCAAUAUGGCGGCCGCCGCAGCUUCACGUGAACUCUUCACUGAGGGAGUAAGAGCGGCUCUUCACACGUGGCCCGUUCUCCAGAUCGCGGUGGAUAACGGGUUCGGGGGCGUGUACGCGCAGCAGAAAGCUGAUUGGAUGGUGGAUGUUGUUCAGCAGUAUUUCCAUGACAACGCUGACCUGCAGCAGUGUGAGGUUGAGGACUUCAUUGCUGAACUGAUGAAUCAGGAGUUUGACACAGUGGUGGAUGAUGGGAGUUUACCUCAGGUGUCCAUCAGUCUGCUGCAGAUGUUCAGUCAGUGGCAGCAGGGGGCGCUACAGCAGCUCCAACACACCAUCAGCACUCUGACACAGAAGAAGAGUCAGAGGGCAAAGGUCACAGCUCCGCCCACACAGUCUGACGAAGAGAGCGAUGCUGAGACACAGGCGAUGGACUGUGACUCGUCCACAACACACAACCCUCCACCCCCCCCUCCUCCUCCUCCUCAGGAAGAAGAAGACGGCUGGACGGUCGUCAGAAAGAAGUGAAGAGGAGGAUGAAGAGCAGAAUGAACUGUUGACCUUUGACCACCAGGAAGACGUGUCAAACAGACUCCUCCUCCUUCAGCGCCGGACCAUGAUGGCGUCUCUCCAGCGUCUGCUGCCGUGUCCGAGCGUCUUCGAGUCCUGGUUCAGUUCUGGAUUAAAUGAGGUCGUGUCCACCUGAGAAAAGACUCACACACGAACUGAAGAAACUUUUACUCGUGUUUCCUGUGGUUCUCAGUUAGGAGAACGUCUGUUUCAUAAUAAAAUUAUUAUUAUUGUU